AUGGUCUUGAUGUUCAUACUUGGUCAAAAGACCAGUUUGCUACUCCGUCUGCCGCAUAUCAUCAAAGAAGGGUGGCUAUUAAAGAGAGGUGAGCACAUCAAAAACUGGAGGCCGAGGUACUUCAUUCUAUUGGAAGAUGGCUCUCUAAUUGGUUUCAAAAGCAAACCAGAACAUGGUUAUGGUGAUCCACUUAAUAACUUUACUGUUAGAGGCUGUCAGCUAAUGAAGGCUGAUCGUCCCAAGCCCUUUACCUUUAUAAUCCGAGGACUUCAAUGGACAACAGUUAUAGAAAGAACAUUUUAUGUAGAUUCAGAAAAAGAAAGGGAUGAAUGGAUGCAAGCUAUCCAGUAUGUUGCUGAUAGACUUCAGGAUCAAGAUGUGGAAAUGUUGGACCAGCAAGGAGAUGCUAAUGUCUUGGAAAAACUAAACAUAUCAACACGAACUUCAAUGCAUAAAGGCAACAAAACUUCACUUGACGACUUUGAGUUCUUAAAGGUCCUAGGAAAAGGAACAUUUGGUAAAGUCAUUCUAUGUAGAGAAAAAGUUUCGAACAUGCUUUAUGCCAUCAAAGUUCUUAAAAAGGAGAUUAUUAUUCAGAAGGAUGAAGUUGCUCAUACUCUGACAGAAAAAAGGGUUUUAAGGAAUACCAAGCAUCCCUUUCUCAUAUCUUUGAAGUAUUCAUUCCAGACAGCUGAUCGAUUGUGUCUUGUGAUGGAGUAUGUCAAUGGUGGGGAGCUUUUCUUUCAUCUCUCGAGAGAAAGAAUUUUUACUGAAGAAAGAGUAUGUUUUUACAGUGCAGAAGUUUUACUUGCUCUGCACUACCUUCAUACUCAAGGAAUUAUAUAUAGGGAUCUAAAGCUAGAAAACUUACUCCUAGAUAAAGAAGGACAUAUCAAGAUAGCAGACUUUGGUCUUUGUAAAGAAGAUAUCGGAUAUGGUGCAACAACGAAAACCUUUUGUGGAACACCUGAGUAUCUAGCCCCUGAGGUAUUAGAAGAUACAGACUAUGGUAGAGCAGUAGACUGGUGGGGAUUGGGAGUUGUCAUGUAUGAGAUGAUGUGUGGAUGUUUACCCUUUUACAGCCGUGACCAUGAUAUUCUUUUUGAGUUAAUUUUGGUGGAAGAAGUCAAAUUCCCAAAGUCUCUUUCUUCUGAGGCUAAAAGUCUACUAAGUGGUCUUCUUGUUAAAGAUCCCAAAAAGAGACUUGGUGGAGGCCAGGAUGAUGCCAACGAGAUUAUGGUCCAUCCAUUUUUUCGUGUAAUUAACUGGCAAGAUUUAUUAGAAAAAAAGGUUAUACCACCCUUCAAGCCUCAAGUUAUGUCAGAUACAGAUACUCGCUAUUUUGAUCAAGAGUUUACUGGAGAAACUGUAGAGCUAACUCCAAAAGAUGAAGCUCCCCUUAACUCCAUCUCUGAAGAUACAGAACAGCCUUACUUCCAGCAGUUUUCCUUCCAUGGCAGUAGUGGUACACUUGGACAUAGUAUUGACCACUGAGAUUUCACUUAUGAAAUGUUGCUUGUUGCAUAUAUUGUCUUUUGUCUAGAGUAAUUAGGUAAUGGACUAUAGUAAGGUUAGUUCAUGAGACUUUUUUCAUGCAUUUCAGAAAGUUAAAAUUUGAGUUUGCUAUCAGAUACUGCCCUUUACUUCCAAUUAUCUGGAUUAAUUAAUUUUGUGUUAACAUUAGUAAGGACAAAAAAGAAAGAACAUUGAAUUAUCAGUACGAUGAGUUGUUGUAAAAAAUUUUGUUUUUCGUAUAUUUAUAAACCCUGGUGCAUAUGGCAUAAAUGAUGUAAUAUUAUUUCAUGUCAAAUCAUUUUAUUAUCAAUAUCAUGUAUUGAUGAAACCCAAUGCUUUAAUUACAACAACAAAUACAACUGUUCAUAAUUUCUUAAAAUCUGUUUAACACUAUUAACUCUCCUUAUUUGUUUGAAAGUCUCACCCAGCUUAAUUAAGUUUGGCUAUUUGUACCAUUUGUUGUAUAGUACAGCGUUUCUCAAACUGGGGUUCAUGAGGGUACUUAAGGAGGUUAUGUCCAAAAUUUCAUAAAGUAUUUUUAAAAAUGUGAUUCAUAGAAUAAAAAAUAUUU